AGGCCGCCGCCGGGGAGUGUGGUGAGCCAAUGGGAUCGAGAGCGAUAGAAGGAGCAGAGAGGCGACCGAAGGAACCGUGUUCCUUUGAGAGGACCGGAGUGAGAACUUCGCAGCAGCGCCCCGCGCCGCGGACGAAACCAUGAAGCUGAACAUCGACGGGCUGCUGGUGCUCUUCCCGCACGACUACAUCUACCCCGAGCAGUUCUCCUACAUGCUGGAGCUGAAGCGGACGCUGGACGCCAAGGGCCACGGGGUGCUGGAGAUGCCCUCGGGCACCGGGAAGACCACCUCCCUCCUGGCGCCCAUCCCGGCCUACCGGCAGGCUUACCCGCUGGAGGUGACCAAGCUCAUCUACUGCUCCAGGACCGUCCCGGAGAUUGAGAAGGUGAUUGAGGAGCUGCGGAAGCUGGUGCACUUCCACGAGAAGCAGACGGGGCAGAAGCUGCCCUUCUUGGGCUUGGCCCUCAGCUCCAGGAAGAACCUGUGCAUCCACCCCGAGGUGAGCGGCCUGCGCUUCGGGAAGGAGGUGGACAGCAAGUGCUUCAGCCUGACUGCCUCGUACAUCCGGGCUCAGCACCAGCAGGAUGGCAGUCUUCCCUCUUGCCGCUUCUUUGAGGAAUUUGAUGCCAGCGGUCGCCAGGUGCCUCUUCCUUACGGCGUCUAUAACUUGGAUGACCUGAAGGCCUACGGUCAGCAGAAGGGCUGGUGCCCCUACUUCCUUGCCCGCUACUCGAUCCUCCAUGCCAAUAUCGUGGUCUACAGUUACCACUAUCUCCUCGAUCCCAAAAUUGCGGACGUGGUCUCCAAGGAGCUGGCCAAGAAAUCGGUGGUGGUUUUCGAUGAGGCUCAUAACAUCGACAACGUCUGCAUCGACUCCAUGGGGGUCAACAUCACCCGGAAGGUCCUGGAUCGCUGCCAGGGGAACGUGGCCACGCUCCAGGCCGCCAUUCACAGGAUCAAGGAAACAGACGCCCAGAAGCUGAAGGAGGAAUAUCAGCAGCUGCUGCAGGGGUUGCGGGAGGCCAACGCCGCCCGGGAAACAGACGUCUAUUUGGCCAACCCGGUGCUGCCGGACGAGAUCCUGCAGGAGGCCGUGCCGGGCAACAUCCGCACAGCGGAGCACUUUGUGGCUUUCCUGAAGCGCCUCCUGGAGUACCUGAAGUCCCGGCUGCGCAUCCACCACGUGGUCCAGGAGAGCCCCCCGUCCUUCCUGAAGGACAUCUUUGAGAAGGUCUGCAUUGAGCGGAAGCCCCUCCGGUUCUGUGCCGAGCGGCUGCGCUGCCUCCUUCGCACGCUGGAGAUCGCGGACAUCUCCGAUUUCUCACCCAUCACCCUCAUCUCCAACUUCGCCACCUUGGUCAGCACUUACUCCAAGGGGUUCACCAUCCUCAUCGAGCCCUUUGACGACAGAACGCCCACCAUCCUCAACCCCAUCCUGCACUUCAGCUGCAUGGACGCCUCCAUCGCCAUCAAGCCCGUCUUUGAGCGGUUCCAGACGGUCAUCAUCACCUCGGGAACCCUUUCCCCCCUUGACAUGUACCCCCAAAUCCUGGACUUCCGGCCGGUGACCAUGGCCACCUUCACCAUGACCCUUGCCCGGACCUGCCUCUGCCCCAUGAUUGUGGGCCGAGGGAAUGACCAAGUGACCAUCAGCUCCAAGUUCGAAACCCGCGAGGACAUUGCCGUGAUCCGCAACUAUGGCAACCUCCUCCUGGAGAUGUCGGCCGUGGUCCCGGAUGGCAUCGUGGCCUUCUUCACCAGCUAUCAGUACAUGGAGAACAUCGUGGCCUCCUGGUAUGAGCAGGUACGCCAGGCCGGCUUGGCCCGGGCUGCUUUUCCCUGGCGCUUCCACUGCGCGAAAGUCGCCGCCGCCCCCUUCCUAGCCCGCCUGGCCUGGAGCAGCCUCGGGAGACGGAGCCAGAGGCCCGUGAAAGGGCCAAUGGGAAGUGAGGCAGCCCGACAAGAGGGCGCCUUUGGCUCCUCCCCGCACGUGUUCCGCGCUGGGCCUGCCCAUCACAUGGCCGCGCACCGGGCCCCUCACUCCGCACGUGGCUCCCGUGCCCGCCCCCUGCGGGACGGGACAGUAGCCUAUUGGUCGCUGCGGCUGCCGAUCAAGUGGAGGGCGUGCCCGCAUGACGCGAAACGAGCAG